AUAUGCAGCAAGCACAACAGCAUCACCACCACCAUCGACAUCACCACCAACCCCGACACCGGCGGGCACAGCACGUUCCUGGACGUCGGGUUUUCGGACAUUUGCCUCAGCAUCAUUUCUCCGCCUGCCCGCCUCCAAAGCAAGAAGAGGGCAAACUUUGUAUUAUCCUCGAAUACUGGGACAGUGACCUUUCAUACACAAUGCCCAGGCACUGCUUAUGCAGGGCCCACUAAGACUCAAAUACAUCAGCAAUUUUCACCUGUAAAUAUAUAUGUUGGAGAGAAUUUCUCAGUGCGUCUUCAGGAAUGGUUCAAAUUCCUGACUUAUGUUGAAGAUAAUAAAACUGGUGGUAUUGUGCAGUGUGAUUUCACUCCCAAUAGGCGACUUACGAAAAUGAAUCUCUCUGUCGACGGAACUAAGAUUCGAGACGUGCCGAACGCCGGAGGAUCGUCUGUCAUAUCUGAGGUGCUGUCUUUCGAAUUACUGCAGAAAUGUUUCAAAGCCAAGCUUCUCAAGACCGAGAUGGAAGUAUCAUAUUUCCCCGAGGGAGGGUCUAUAACGGAUUAUGUUUGUGAGAUAUUCGGAACCAAGGUGGGAGUGUCAGUCACACGUGCAAUGAAAUUUCGAGGCGGGGCCUUCACAGAGGAGGACGCUGAACAUUUACUUACUAAGAAACUAAAAGGUGUGAUACAGUCUAGCCGAAACACCCUGGAGAACUGGAACAAACAGGUGCUGCACGUAUGGUCUAUCAGCAAUGACGUCACUAACACCCUGGUCAAAGUGUUUGAGUGUUUACCAGCGGAAAUUAGAUCAAAUACCGUCGUCUUGGUAACAACAACUACCAAAUCGUCCGAUUUCAUUUACCUGAAUGGAUGACAAUUUCAAUAAACACAUCAAAAUGUCGAAAUUAAUUUACACGUGCCAUUGAGAGACAAGAGAGACAGCUCGCAGAGUACGCACGACUUGAAGGAUGAGCCGAAGAAAACAACUGUUUGACCCACCUUUUCAUAACAACGUUCAGUCCUUUGAUUUCUCUUCAAAAACGGGACAAAUCUAUUGAGGUUAUAAUCAUUCUACAGAACUCUGAGGGUGGAAUAGACUCUUUUCUUAAAUUUUCAUUAGAUCUUGAAUUUGAAGCGAUAUUUUCUAAAUAAAAUAAAACAUGUGAUUUUUUUUCAUUUCCAUCAAACUGACAUUAUAGAAAAAUAUUUAAAAAAAAACAACAACAGAUCGUUCUGUGACUGAGACCUUUGGAAUAAUAUGUAACGCCGUAAUUCGUAGAAAAAACUUGUCACUAGGUGGGUAAGAUGGUCAAACAGCGUGUCAUUGGCAAGACGGAUGGUGUUAGAAAUAGACAGGUUUAAUUAUAUUUUAAGAUAAAACAUUCAGUGACUUGUGCAAUAGACAUUUAUUGAAUCUCGGAAAGAAAAAUAGUUUUUUUUUUCAUCAUAAGCAUUUUCAAUUAAAAGCGUACAAAAAUAA